AUGUUGCAAGCUGCUCAGCAACAGCUUCCCGUGUCCGCAAAGAACCCCGGUCAGAAACUCGAGAAUGAGAAACUCAGUCUCUCAGUCGCCUCUGAGGCUCCCUCGGCUACGGACAUCAAACUCGCCCAGCCAGCUCAACCCGCACCUAAAACUGAAACCAAGCCUGCGGUCGAGGAACAACCCCCGAUCAAACCUAGUCCGCCUCCCCUGCUGAUCCUCGAUCUCAACGGCUGCCUCUUAUAUCGCGAGUACCAACCCGGGCGUCCUAAGAUCAUCCACCCGAGGCCCCAUCUCCAUGACUUAUUUCAGUAUGCGCUCGGCCCUCCUGCCGAUCAAGGCAAACAUAGCCAGGGCAGCCAGAAGCAAAACUGGGAAGUGCUCAUCUGGAGCUCGGCCCAGCCGAAGAACGUGCAGCUCAUGUGCAACGCUAUCGAAGUACAAAAACGCCCCAAGCUGUCCAACCGCGGUCAGCGAGCUACCCAACUCGAGGACAUUUCCAAUCAAUUGGGCUCUCUCAAAAUCAAUCACGGCGAGGCUGAGGGCAGCAAGAAAGCCGAACUGAUCCCCCGGCGCGUCUUGGAUAUCUGGGACCGAAACCAGUUAGACCUCUCCUCCGUUGAUUACGGUCGCAAAGUUUCUACCACCAAAGACUUGCGUAAAAUCUGGGACAGGCUCUCUUGGACGGAUCCCGAAAGCGGCAAAGAGCUUAAAUGGGAUGCACACAACACUGUGAUUGUUGAUGAUUCGCCCGAUAAACUGUCUCUUCAACCCGGCAACCUUUGUAUGAUCAGCGAGUUUAGUGGAGAUUCAAGUGACAAAUCACUCCUAGAGUUGGUCGAAAAACUCAAGUCGCUGAGGAACGCAUCCGACAUCCCCGAGGCCAUCAAGAAGCUCAACGAAAAGGCGACGGCUACUUGA